AUGGACCUCGAUCACGACAUCUAUGUCGCCAACGACGGUCCACCCCUGCGGCCGAAUGAGCCGCCCAAUGGCACGGAUGAGACGGUGAAUCCUUCCCUCAUCUUUGGCGCCCCCUUGCCAUUGAAGGACGGUCCGCAGUUGCCUCCUUCGCCCCACGAUCCGUCCCUUGGGCCGUUCACCGAGCCCGCUGGCGAGCCCAUGAUUGAGACCGAUCCGCCGUCCGAGUCGGACGACAGCUCCGACGAGGCCGCCGACGUCGCCACCUCCAACUACCGCCAAAGGGCCAUGGUCGUCAUCAAUGCUCCCAAGCCAAAGUCCGAAACUCUUCCUUACAGUUCGUCACGCUCUGGUCUCGUGUACGAUGUGCGUAUGAGGUUCCACACUGAGCCGCUUGACGCAAUGCUCAGUGAGGAUGACAUCCAUCCUGAAGAUCCCCGGAGGAUCAUGGAGAUUUUCAACGAGCUUGCAGAAGCUGGCCUCGUGGAGACACCAUCGCAUCAGGUUGCAGACCCCGACUUCUCUCUCUGGAGGAUCAACGCCAGGCCGGCAACUGAAGAAGAAGUCUGCUUGGUUCACACUCGCGACCACUACUCACGGGUAAGAGCGUAUCAGAACUACUCACAAGAGAUACUUAAUGAGAUGGCAGCGGACAUGGACUCUGUGUACCUUCAUCCAGCCACCUACUCUUGCGCAAGCCUGUCGGCUGGUGGAGCCAUUGAAGCAGCUCGUGCGGUGGUCGCGGGCCACGUGAGGAACGCAGUUGCAGUCAUUCGACCGCCAGGUCACCACGCUGAGCAUGAUGCGCCCGGAGGCUUCUGCUUUUUCAACAAUGUCAGCGUUGCCGCCAGAGUCUGCCAGCAAGACUUUCCCGACAAAUGCCGCAAGAUUCUGAUCCUCGACUGGGAUGUGCACCAUGGAAACGGUGUACAGAGAGCUUUCUACAACGAUCCCAACGUUCUGUACAUCUCCAUCCACGUCCACAUGAAUGGAACCUUCUAUCCGAGCAACAACUACGGCGAUCACACGCACUGUGGCGAAGGCCCGGGAGAAGGAAAGAACGUCAAUAUUCCUUGGAGCGCCCAAGGCAUGGGAGACGGCGAUUAUAUGUAUGCCUUCCAGCAAAUCGUCAUGCCCAUAGCUCAGGAGUUUGAUCCAGACCUCGUCAUCGUGGCAUCCGGAUUCGACGCUGCUGAUGGUGACCGUCUCGGAAAGUGCUUCGUUACUCCGCCCUGCUAUGCACAUAUGACGCACAUGCUCAUGUCAUUGGCGAGUGGCAAAACAGUCGUCUGCUUAGAAGGCGGCUACAAUCUUCAGUCAAUCGCGAGGUCUGCAGUCGCUGUCACAAGGACACUAAUGGGCGAGCCACCGGACCGCUUGGGCGAUGAGAUUGAGCCGUCACCUCUAGGGUUGAGCACAGUGGAGCUCGUCAAGAGAUAUCAGUCCAGAUACUGGAAGUGUAUGUAUCCAAAGCAACACAGCGGGGCGAUAGCCAACGCCCUGCACGCGAGGAGAAUACACGACAUUGUGAGACAGGCUGAUGCUACCGAUUUCUGGAACGAGUACAGGAUGACGGAGCUGUUCAUCCUGCGGGAUAAGAUUUCGAAGAGCUUCGAAAAGCAGGUUCUAGCGACGCAUAAUUUCGCCGAAGAGCGCCCUCUUCUUGUCAUUUUCCACGAGCCACCGGAAACCACGGCUCUUACCGAUCCUCGGAGCAAGAAGAUCAGUCUGCACAACAUCUUCGUCACUGAUGUCACGAAGACGUACGUGGAGUGGGCGGUGAAGAACGGAUUUGGCGUUAUUGAUGUCAACAUCCCCGAGCACAUUACUGACCCGAACGGUCUACCCGAGUAUGCUGACGCGGACCCCGAUGAGGCACGUGGGCUUCUCACGCGCGAACUGGCAACAUACCUAUGGGAAAACUACAUCUCACUUGGCGAAAACACGCACAAAUUCUUCAUGGGCGUCGGUGCAGCAUAUGGUGGUAUUCUAGAUCUUUUGGGGGAGAAUGACGACUGUUCCAAGGAGACGGACCACACUUUCGCCUUCAUCGCGGAGAACAGUCUGCAGUCCAUCAAGAAGCUUACAGAUGACUACAUUGGCGACUGGUACUACAAUAACUCUCAUAUCUACGUCGCCAACAACCACGCCGCCUGGGACCCCACCCGUCAACGCAAGCUUCGCAAAAAAUACGGCUACGUCAUCCGCUCACCGCACAGCGACCUCUCCAACAUGCUCGAAGAGCACCGCGAUGUCGUCACGGAUACCAUGCUGCAGUCGACUGAGGAGUGGCGCGAGGAGCAGGCCGCAGCUGCCAAGCUGCGUGCGGCCGAAGAGGCGCAGAACCCGAUCAAGCGCCAUCACGCCUCCAACAGCGCCGCCUACUCCCACAACAGCUCCAUGCGCGGCUACGACAGCAACGGCACCGGCGGGCCCACCAGCGCGGCCGGCAGCAACGUGGCAACGGCAGACGGAACCGCCAACGGCGGCAGCAGACGGAACAUCAGGCACACCAGCCUGCCCGCCCCGGCCGCGGACCCGCGGAGCACGCCCACGAUCAGGAGCCCUUCGGGCCACACGCAUCCGCGCGGUCCGCCGCUGGGGAAUUUCACCAUCACGCCGACGAGGAGGGCGGGGAGCGGGAGCGUCAGUCCGGGGAAGAGGGCGAGGGGAGAAUGA